AUGUAUAGCAUAACAGGACAGUCUGUUGACUACGCCUGGAGACAGGUCUCGCCCAAUCGAUGGCAGCGGGAGAUUGAUGAAGCAGAACAAUUUUAUGCCUGCCUCGCCAAAUCCUUCGAAGCCAGCGGCCGCAUGUUCUUCGCUAUUACCGGUUUCGUUCCGGUCUCUAUCCCCGUCCCACCCCUCUCUUCGCUCGACGAGAUCUGUACCAGAGUCGACUCGGCAUUUCGCGAUGCAUGGUUGAGGCUACGAUGUGAAAUUCCGACCAUUGCUUCCGAGAUACACUUCAAUGAAGAAAUGGGGCUAUCCUCGAGAAGAACCAUGCAACUGUGUCCGGCAAGCAUCAACGUGUUGCAAUCCAGCUCUCUCAUUCCGAGACUGUCGACUUACUCGGAGCCGCAAAGUCUCUACAGGCCACAGUGA